AGUUUCUCUCUCUCUCUCUCUCUCUAAAAACCCAAACAAGAUUUACCCACAAAACGCGCUCCACGCCUAGCCCUUUAUAAAGGGAGUUGAUCUGGUCUUGUCUUCUUCUUGUCGAACACCUUCAGCAUUUCAAUGGCGGAAUCAUCAUCAUCAUCUUCUUCUUUACGUAAAAUCAAUCUCCAGACGGUCUUAACCGAGUCGGAAAUGGCCGCGGCGCAGCAGCUCAUGCAGCUUAGCGACGAAGAUAGCUACAACAACAACAACAACAGCAAGAAGAAGAGGGACGUACACAUGACAGACGACGAAGAGGUCGAUCAGAGCCGGAGCGAAAUAACUUCGGCGUUGAUUGAAGAGCUUUUCGGAAAAGAAGACGCGGGUCGGCCGAAGAAGCGGAGGUACCGAUCUCUUGUUAGUAUUUACACGGCGACGAAACCCAUCAACGGUAGAUACGUACGAGAAGAGGGUAAGAUCUUACGGCCCGGAAACUUCAAUGGGGUUUUAGCUUAGGCGGGUUGCUUAAUCUUACUAAUUAAUGAAGCUGUAUGUAAAGAGUUUUCCCUUUUGUAGGAAAAUUGGAGACUGGGUUUCUCUUUUUGCCUAAUUAUUAAUAAUAGUUGAGGUUAUUUCUA